AUGGAACCAAUGAGCCGUAGGCCCCAGCAAGGCUCUCGCCACUCCCGGCGAAAAUCCAAGUUCACAGAAUCGGCCACAGCCGCGACAGCAGCAAGAUUUCCCCCCUUAGAUGCACUUGCUACUCCAAUGAACUUUCAGGCACCCAAGCCUGAGGAAGCCGUGGGCUUCGAUUCGGUCAUGAGCGAGGAGGCGGCUCUUUGGGAGAGAGCUGUCAGAGCGAGUGUGGGGAGUGCAAGUCCAUCAUUGCCUCCAUUGGUGGCUACUCCGCUGGCGUGCCGUAUACUGCAGAAGCUGCGCUGGGCAUACAACUCCCGCCGGUGGGGUGUGAGGCCUCCAGUACUGCUGCAUGGGCCCUCAGGUAGCGGGAAAAGCUCGUAUGUUCGCUGGCUUUCAUUGGCAGUCGGCAUGCGGCAACCCCCAGUCUGUCUCUUUCUUGACCAACAGACCGAAGCCAAAGAUCUUGUUGGUUCGUGGAUUUGUGGCCGCCGCGCUGGUGAGUUUGAGUGGCAGGAAGGCAUCUUAGCCCGCUGUGUGCGGGAGGGCCGUUGGGUUGUCAUCGAGCAGUUGCAGCAGCUGACUCACGACGUGCAUGCGCUUCUGCAUGGCUUGGCAGCCACUCGAUUCUUGACCAUACAGGAGCAGCAGCGGAAGAUUCGCGCCCAUCCGGAUUUUGCCUUGUUUGCUACACUUGCAUCGUGCCCUCGUCAGUUGCAUGGGCGAAACGGCCUCACGCCACGCUUUGCACUGGAGCCAACAGCCGCAGAGCAAAGUGAAUCAUCUGAUAGGCGCAAAGAAGCGUCGAGACAAGUGACGGAAGCUGAUCUGGAUGUGGCCAUAACACAGCCGCCACCUCCACUGCCCCCGCUUCUCGAAUCAUGGAUGGUGUUGCACGUGCCGGCUCCCUCUGCUGCGGAUGUUCUGCAUAUAGUCUCCCACGCCUUCCCCUCCAUUCAGGGGGUUGCCACACGGCUGCAUAAGGCUUUUGAGGCCGCUGUUGCAGUGGCGACAAGCGGCGUAGUUCGGGCAGGGAAGCCUCCACCCAGAGCCAUGCGGCUGCCGCAGCUUAGAGACUUUUUGAAACUCUGUCGGAGACUGGAAAGGCUGGAUAGCAGUGCGAACGGCUGCCCCCGCAAGAGUAUCUUUGGCGGCUUUCUGACGGAAAGCUUGAAGCUUCGCAUUGUUGAAGAAGGGAUCACGGUGUUGCUGGCACAUCUAAAUGACGUGCAGCUUCGGUUCCGUGCAGCGGUCGCCUUUGCCGCAGAAUGGGGCAUACAGGAUGAUCAAGUUGAGGUUCUGCUAUUCAGUCAGAGGCCAGUAAUCAGGAGCUUAGACACGGCACUCCACGUCGGACCCUACACUCUUCCCAAGUGCAGCUCUGUGGAGCGGGGUGCUGUUCCCUCUGGGGGUACCGACGAAGACUUUCUGCCUCUGGGGGGAGACGGCGACGCGCUGCUGCCGGCAGCCACAGCGGCAGCAGACUCGCCUUCUAAUAGUGUCGGAGAAAGCGAUCCUAAGCUGGCUGGAACGGAGUGGCUGACAGGUCAGCAGCUACGCCUCUUGCAGCAGGCCGGAGGCGCAUUGCAGUGCGGGGAGCCUCUCUUGUUUGUGGGUGACACAGGGGCAGGCAAAACCUUCAUAGUUUCGUUUAUUGCUGCUCGUGUUGGCGUAGAGUUGACCGUCGUAAAUUUGCACCAACAGAGCGAGAGCGAGGAUCUCAUUGGACGGUGGGUGCCGAGACAUCCACCCCACGAGGCAGCCACUCUAUGGGGGCAGCUGCUUCGAGUUGCUGAGGAGAUGCUGGGCAUUACGGAGUUGCCGCACUCGGCAGAAGAUGGGGAAAGCACUGGCGACGGCUCGAAGGGAGACAGCCGAAGGAAGAAAAGUACAGACAAUCUCAUAGAAAGCGCCCAAAAGAUGAUUGCCCUAGUGUCACAGAAGGGGUCUCGGCUCCUGCAGCGUGAAUCCUACAUGGCACUUUUGAAGCUUGCAUGGGCUGCAAACAAUGCGCUUCUGCACCUCCUGCGGAAGCGAGGCGAUUUACUGCCCGCGGUGCGACCAUCGGAGAAACAACAAAAGAAACACGUAACAUCCGGGGAGCUCCUUGCUCGCUGUAGGGAUUUACAAGGCUCCUUGUCAGCUCUCCUAGAAGAUCCAGCCUUCGGAGACUGCAGUGCCUCUGAUCCGCGCAACUUCGACUCCCUAGUGGAGGCCUGUGGCUUGCGUGACUUCUUAAUGCCAGUCGGAGGAGCUCAGUCCGCUGCAUGCACCCAAGCCUCUCCUGCUGCUGCUAAGGGGGCCCCCCGGCGGCGCCCACGGUGCCAGCUGCACUUUGCGUUCACAGAGGGGCCCCUUGUGGAGGCUGUGCGGACCGGCAAGUGGCUGCUUCUCGAUGAGAUCAAUCUGGCGCCUCCAGACAUCUUGCAGCGGCUUUUAGGACUGCUCGAUGAUCCGGAUCAACCCCUCUUGGUGCUGGAAGGAGGCAAACCACGCCAGGUGUACAGACACCCCGAUUUCCGUGUAUUCGCGUGCAUGAACCCCCCAACCUUGCCCCCGCCUCUGCGAUUGUCGGAACGCAAGCUGUCUUUCGAGGAGGAUGAACAACUUCUACCCACGGCCACCGUUGGUCAUGACGAAAACGGCAAACGGAAGCAGCAGCAGUCUGCAGGUAGGCAGUCGGCGCAGGACGGUGCCGGCGCAGUAGGAAAACGUGAACUGCCUCCUGAGGUGCGUCAGCGGUUCACCGAGUUGUAUGUUGACGAAACAGACGGGUUGGAGGACAUAACCGUGAUUGCGGAUGCCCAUCUGCGUUCUUUGAGUGCGGAUCCGCCUUCCCGGCUUGUGGCUGAGGUGUACCUCCACCUUCGCUGUCUUGCGGAGGCCGGCCAGCUCCUAGGCGGCAACAACAAGACCCCCUGUUACUCCCUAAGGACUCUCUCGCGAGCUCUCAUGCAUGCGGAGGCGGUAGCGCAGCGUCGAGUUCGGCCGCUGCAGCUGCGCCUAGCGCUGAGAGAGGGUUUCUCCGCCCUCUUUGGUUCUUCUUUAAAUCCCACCAGUGCGGCUACUGUGGAGGCUGUACUAGCAAAGGCGUUCCGUGUGCCUGGGCAGCUAGGAGCUGCGGCGUCAGGAGCUGACCGCAGUGCUGGCGCUUCAGGGAUGCCUGUCAAAGGCAAGGGGGCUGUAGUGGCCUCUUCGGAGGUUCAGUUGCAGCUGUUGCCUCCGAUAUCGGGAGAGCAGCCGUACGUGUCACUGGAGGGAUUCCUCAUUCGCAGAGGGCCUGAAUCCAUCGACGUGUCCGCUCUGAAGCGAAGCUUCGUGGCAACGCCUAGGGCUGCGGUGUAUCUACGGCGGGUGGUGCGGCUGCUGAGCGGCAGCAGGUGUGCGUUGUUGCUUGAAGGCCCAACGUCUUGCGGGAAGACUUCCCUGGUGUCUUUCCUUGCGGCUGCUACGGGGCACAAGUGUGUGCGCAUCAACAACCACGAGCACACGGAUAUCCAGGAGUAUGUCGGUUCCUACGCGCCGAAUGCGAGUGGGCAGCUGGUCUUCACUGAGGGGCCCCUCGCGCUCGCCGUCCGUCACGGCUGGUGGGUGUUGAUCGACGAGCUUAAUCUUGCGCCUUCCGAAGUUCUUGAGGCUCUGAACCGGCUACUGGACAGCAACAGAGAACUGCUGCUGCCUCCAACCGGCUCCGUUAUCAAGGCACACCCCGACUUUCAGCUCUUUGGCACGCAAAAUCCUGCGGGUCUUGGAGUGUAUGGGGGCAGAAAGGCUCUCAGCAAGGCUUUGGCCAACAGAUUUCUACAGUUGCAACUCGAAGAGCUUGACAUUCAGGAUUUACGGCUGAUCCUCAUGAGCCGCUGCAAGCUGCCGGCAUCCCGCGCGGAGCCAAUGUUGAAUGUGUACAAGGAUCUGCAACGGCGACGGUCUAACAGCUCGGUAUUCUUUGGAUCGCACGGCUUUAUGACCAUCCGAGAUCUCAUCCGAUGGGGAAGACGCGUGGGGAACUCCCCCUUUCAGCACUUCCUCCAGCAGCAGCAGCAGCAGCAGCAGGUUCGGGAGUUCUCGCCUACGUCAUUAGAGGAAGUUGCAUUAGAGGGAUGGAUGCUUGUCGCGGAGAGGCUUCGUAAUGAGGAGGAAAGGGCUAUUGUGAGGGAGUCUCUGGAGAAACACUGUCUUAAAUCUACAGCUGCCAAGCCAAAGAAGCUCGCAGUUGACUACGCAGCUGAUCCCUACGUAGCAGCGUUUCGCCGGCUAUUGGAGGCCAAAUUGGAACGGUGUAUGCAGCUGCAGCAGGCCGCUGCUGCAGCUGCUGCAGCUGCUGCAGCGGCAGCUGCUCAGGCAGCAAGCCUGCAGAAUGGCCCCUUCGAGAUGCGAAAAGAAGCGGAGACACGCGCGCUUACAGCCGCUGCGGCAGCGAAGGCAGCAGCAGCUGCUGCUCCUGAGCUACCAGCAUUUCUGCCCUUCUCCUUUAACUCUGCGUCUCUCCGGCUUUUGUCGCUCACACUGCGCGCCUUGGCAGCCUCCGAGAAUCUCCUGCUGGUGGGGGAUACUGGUGCCGGUAAAACGGCUGUAUGCGAGCUGAUUGCGUGGACGCUGCAGCCGCAGCAGGAGCAGUCGCCUCCAGAAAAGCCUGGCAUGGAGCUCGAGCAGUUGCUGUUGCAGCGUCUUUCUCCUUGUGGGAUGUAUGCAUACAACUGCCACCUCCAGAUGGAGGCGUCGGAGCUGCUUGGGUGCAUGCAUCCUGUGCAUCAAGGAGAGCUGCAGCAGCAGCAGCAGCACGCUGCCGCUCUGCAAGGGUGCCUGUUGCAAUUUCUGGAAAAUACGCCUUCUCCGGACGCCUUGCUAGCGGACUGGAGGCAGCAGCUGUCUGCGGGAGCCGGCGGAAAGAAAAUUGAUGCGCAAAGACUCGAGAAGCGCAGCAAUGACACGUGCGAGCUGCUGCUGCAGCACCACACGCGUCUGCAAUCAGCUGCAGAAGACGUUCUCAUUUGCCUCAGAGCUUCGCGAAUUCGCAGUCCAGCCCAACAUCCGCAGCUGCUUGAAGAAGAGGACCGAACACUGUUUUCAAAAGCACUGCGCAAAGCUGCUAAAUUAACUAUUCAAGAGUUUCAAAAAGACGCCGACGUCGCCAGGGAGGAGAGUGCGCAGCAGGAGGCGCAGGUUGUAAGCCAACUUGCGACUGCGAAGGAGCGACUGCAGGAGUUGCAGGCAAAACUAGAGCAUGCCCGCACUUUGGAAAAGCAAUUGGAGAUGCGUUCGCCAGAAGGCAUCCAUCACAGGAGCGCAGGGGAGUCGGCUCGCCAAGAGCAGGUUGAGACUUCGCCUUCAGUCCGCAAGCGACAGCGCAAGGGGGGCAGAAAGAGAACGCCAAAAGACGUUGCGGACUCUACCCCAGCUGGAGAAACAGAUAAGGCAGCCCAUAAGCGCCACUGCAAAACGAUGGAGGCUUCUACAAUGAGUGCUGCCCCCCCCCCUGCAGCAGCACUCAACAUAGAGGGCCAUGUGAGUGCUGUAGGUGCUGAGGCAACAGCUGUCGCGCAGGCUGAGGAAAGGCAGACCACGCUAGAGUCAGUAGUAGCAGCAGCAGAAGCUGCUGUAGCCAAUGCAGAAGAAGAGGUGCAGCGUCUCGAGGCGGCUUGUGCUGCUGCUGCUUCUGCGCGCGAAGACGUCGUUGCAACGAGGGAAACUGCAGCAGCUCUGACACAGGCGUUUUCCCAGCAACUGCGGGAUCUUUGUGCGGCGUGGCUUUCUGCUAGCAACUGCACACGCCGUCUUUUCUGCUGGAAAGACGGUCCUCUUGUUCGCGCCAUGCGGGAGGGAGCACUUUUUCUGUUGGACGAGGCUUCGCUGAGUCAGGAUGCCGUGUUGGAGCGGCUCAAUUCGGUUCUCGAGGAUGGACGUCACCUUCUUUUGACGGAGCAGGGUGCUUGCACUCCAGAUGUCGGCGUUCUGCCGUCUGCUGGGAAGGCCGCUGCCUCCGCAGCAGUUGCUGCGGGGGGGAAGACACCAGCGGCAGCAGCAGAGGCGGGUGCAGUAGACGUCGUGGCUGCAGAGAGUUUCCGUUUUAUUGCGACAAUGAAUCCUGGGGGAGACUUCGGCAAGCGCGAGCUUUCCCCUGCUUUGCGCAAUCGUCUCACGGAGAUCUAUGUGCCUGCCUUCAGCUUUGAUGCUCCAGACGCCGCUUUGCUGCUGCUGCAGCGCUUGCAGCACACCUGUCUGCGAGGACUGUCUCUGCCGCACGCUGCGGCAGCGGCAGGAGGGAUGGAAGCGUCAGACACGGAGCAGCAGAUGCAGCUGCGACAGGAGUUCAGCUUCCUUCUGAAGCACCAUCAGGAGCAAGGGCUCGUUCCAGAUCUUCCCUUAGUCCUCUUAGCGCAGCGGCUCGUACUGUCGCUGCGGUGGGCAAGGAAGCAUAUCAAACAGCCCCUGUCUAUUCGUGAUGCGUUUUGCUGGAUUUCCUUCAUUGAGCGGUUCGUUGCUGCUGCUGUUGCGCAGCCAUCGUCAUCAUUUUCAUCAUCAUCAUCAUCAUUAUCAGCAGCAGCAGCAGCAAGAUUUGCUGUGUCGGGUUUCCUGCAUGGUGGUUGCUUGUUGUUGUUGGAUGGCCUUGGCGUGAGUGCAGAUUUGCGGCUCUCCGAGCAGCAACUUGAGGCACUUGCCGAGGAUUAUUUGAAGGCGGAGGCAGUCUUGUGCAGAGCAACAAAGGGGCAUGCAGUUAAAAUGGGGCAGCAUUAUCUCUCUGCUGUGCGUCAGCAGGUUCAGGAGCAGCUGGAAGAGACGCGGAAAAAUCCAGAAAGAAGGCCGCACAUGGCCGUCCUGCUGCUCCUGAAAACGCAGGCAUGCCACUUGUACAGGGAUUUGGGCAUGCAUCAUUGCGUUACGACGCAUCAGGAGCAGCAUGAGGGGCAGGAGGAGCGAGAAAUCGAAGAUAAGAGUCCUUCUUGGCGAGAGACAUGUGCAGCCUUCGGAGAGGACGGUUUUGCAUGGGUAGCUGACGCCUUCACUGCUCGCCAGAAGCGACGGCGAGGCGACAGCGACAGCGACUGCGAGGGAGAGGAAGUCUUGGAUAUGCGCUUAGGGCCCUUUAGUCUUGCUGCAUUCAAGAGAGGUCCUGCAGAAAUGGCGUGCUGCAGCUACCUUCACCAGGGGGUACAUCCCGAGCAGCACCUGCCUCAGGUGAUGGACUCCCCGUCCGUCCAGAGGUCGCUGGGUCGGUUGCUGCGAUGUCUGCUGCUGAUUCAGCAGCCGCAGCAAGCAGCAGCAGCGACGGGGGCGAGUAGCAGCUCGGGAAGGCAUGCAGUCUUGCUGGAGGGGCCUCCCGGAGCAGGCAAGACGUUCACUGUGAGUCUGCUGGCGCGUCUCUGUGGUCGGCGGCUUGUGCGCAUCAACUUGAGCGAAGAUACCGAACUCGCAGAUCUUCUUGGGAGCUUUGUUCCUGCGUCAGAUGGCGAUACACUUGAGGAGUUGCCUCCUGAGGAGGCAGCGGCAGCGGCCGAGCAGACGAGGAAAAAUGGGGAGGCGACAUUGCUUUCCAAGCAGAAAAAACCACCAUUCGUGUGGACUGACGGAGUGUUGACACGGCAUCUCCGAGUCGGCGACUGGAUUUUGUUGGAUGAGUUGAAUCUUGCCCCUCAGCAAACAUUGGAAGGCCUCAAUCCUCUGCUGGAUCAUCGCCGCUGCGUGUAUCUCCCUACUCCCGACGAUCCCGAUUCUUGUGGCAGCGGGGAUGGCAAUCGAGGGGAGCCUUCCAGCAAAGGCGCUGCCGUAUACGCGCCUCCUGGAUUCGUGCUGUUUGCCACGCAGAAUCCGCAUGCGUCAGUGGCGUCCACAGCAGGUUCUGCGUAUCCACCGUCUCCAAGCGGGGGGGGGGAGAAGACAGACGGCAAGGGAAGCCACGAGGCUCAGGAGCUGCUGAACCUCUUAGGCCUCCCUGAGCACUGCGACUUGCGGCGUAACAACGUCGCGGGGAAUGCAGCAAGGCGGGGUGCAGCAAGUUCGUGCAGCAAAGCUGUAGGGGGGAGGAAGGGCCUCCCGCAGUCGCUGCUCAAUCGGUUCUGCAGAAUCCGCGUGGAUGCGAUGCAGGAGUCAGACAUGAUUGCGAUUGCCAGCAAGCUCCUGGCUAGUGUGCAGCGGGAGGAGCAGCAGGAGAAGCGGCGUCGCGCUGAAGAGGCACAGAGGGCGGGGGUCUUAUCUGUGGGAUUCCAAAGGCAGCGGAUGCUGCAGGAUCAGGGGGAACAAAGACAGAAAAGGCUGCUGCUGAGUGCCUGUGUCGUUCGGUGUAUUCGCUUGAUUGGAUCUUUGGCCUCAGAGCAGCCGUUCAAAGGGCUUGGAGACACCGUCUAUAAUCUGAGAGAUGCUAUGCGCGUCAUUAAACUGGUUGCCUACAAGUUGCCGUCGGCAGAUCCACGUGCAGCUCUCUCGCUAGCGGUCCUCUCUAGACUGAGGUGUCACAGCGACGUAGAGGCGGCUGCCUCUGUGAUCGCUGCUUGCUUCCCUUGCAGAGUUAUUAAGCUGCUUAGGGAGAAGCAGCAGGAGCAGGAGCAGCAGCAGCAGGAGCAGCAACGGCAGCAGCAGCAGAUAGAAGUGGCGCUGGACGUUUCUGCUGCUCUUUUCUGCCCCGGAGUGGCCCCUGCAGCGGUGUAUUCUGCAGUAGAGUGGCAGCAGGUUGUCGCAUUGCAGGAUUUCUUCGGCAUUGCAGGAGGUGCUAUGCCUCUGGACGUGCUUGUGAAGGACGGCAGACUAUCUUUGGGGGGCAUGGUGAUGUCGCUGGAAGCGGCGACUUCAGAGGGAGAAGCAGACCAAGUGCAGCAUCCAGACGUUUGGUCAUGUGGUCUGUUGCUGCAUUCACAGAGACGCUUUGUUGCUGCUGUCGCAGCAGCCCUCAUUGCCCGCUUCCCAGUGCUGCUGACGGGGGAGAGAGGCGGAGGAAAGACGAGUAUCGUCCGAUGGCUAGCUGCAGCGUGGGGGUCUGAGGUAUGCGAGGUGCAGCUUGCGCCCUCCAUAGACACCUCUGACCUUCUAGGAUUCUAUCGGCAGAUCCACCCGCGGCAGCGGCUUCUCAAGGCAGCGCAGCUUGCUGCAGAGGCGGCUCAGUCGCUCUCUAGCGCCCUCCGGGUGGAAAUGCACAGCCAAAGAGUGGAGGAGAAGGAGGAGCAGCGGCGGCGUGUAAUUGGCGGUCUUGAGAGGCUGCGCGAUGCUGUCGCCAUAGCGCAGGAGGAGAGGCUUGUCGACGCUUCCGAGGAUCGCGCUGCAGCAGCGGAGUAUAGCGAAGAAAAGGCGGCGCAGAACGAGCAGUUCGACGUGCUUCAUGGGCUCGUGGAGGCUACCGCUGCGCUGCUGGACGGCUGUGAGGCUGCUCAGAGCUUCCUGCUGCUGCACAGCAGCAGCAGCAGCAUGGGGGCUGAAGAACGCGCAGCUUCUUCCCAAGGGGGGGUGUCUCCAGAGCUUCGCUUCCGCCUCCGCCGUGCGAGACAGCUUCUGAAGCACGGCUGUGCACUUGGCCGACUGCAGAGGCGCAGCAGCCAAGGGGGAGGAGCUCUGCCCUCCAGUGGAAGGACUGGCACUCCAGAAGCUGCAGAGCUCGCAGCAGACGAGGAGGAGCCAGUGCAGUUCGAGUGGAUAGACAGCGCCUUGGUGGCAGCAGUUCGGGAGGGGCGGUGGCUGUUGCUGAAAGACGCUCAUCUCUGCAGUCCUUCCGUCCUGGAUCGUUUGAAUGCGCUUCUGGAGGACGGAGGUUCUCUGCUGCUUACGGAAGGGGGGAGUGCACGCACUGUCAAGACACACCGAGGCUUUCGCGUGAUUUUUACCGCCGACGCUGACAAGGUUCACUUGCUCUCCGCUGCUUUGCGAAACCGAUGCUGCGAGGUGCAUGUGCAUGCUCCUGGCUACGGAGGUGGCUUGGCAGGGGUAGCAGCAGCCCAGGGGAUUUCCGCGUGGGCGACUCUGCCAGCUGUCAUUACAGCGAACGCGAGCGGCACUGACGCAGACUCGCGGGGGGGCAGGUGUCGUAGCAACGCUGUCUCAGAAGCCAGAGAGCAGGCGUGCCAGAGGCGGCAGCCUCUGCUGCUGCAAGAUCUGACCACAAGACUGCUGCUGAACUUCGCCUCUCGGCUCAGUUUUGCCGGGGUGCAUGGUGGGGGAGACGCGGUUCGCUCGAACGCCACUCUGGAUGCUCUGUUAGAGCGCUGGGGAGCUUCACUCUUUAGGGGGGCGGUUGAGAAGCCGCCCUCACUGGAUGCGGAGGGGACGUUGGAGACAGCGGGCGCCACGCUGCAAGUUUUGGGAGGCUUCGUGGCGUUUCAGCUGCGGCACGUUCGUGAGAAAAUCAGCGGAUCUGCUCGAACCGCUGCCAGGCUGUGCCCUCUCUUGCUGCAGGACGGAUGUCGCUUGCUGCUCGCUGGAGCUGCUACUGGUGGACGCAGUCUUCCCGUCGAGGUAGCAGAGCUUAUGGCACUGCAGCAUGCAGCUAUACAGGUUGUGUUGCAGCUGCUUUCUGACGAGGAGGCGCUCAGUGCAUUCGCGAUUUUGUUGGAGACCCCUUCCGUGUCGCAGUCGUCCUACGCGGUGAGAGGAGACUCGGAACGCUCCCCUCAGCGCUCGCCAGGAGUGGUCUCGAGACAUCCGGAAGCCUCAGAAGAAACACCAGCAGGAGUUGUUGUGAAGGACCUUAAGCAGAGGCUUGAUGGUACUGCCACAGCCAUGCUUGGGCUUGCUGGCUUGCAGAGUCUCGCGCGAAAAGUCGCAGGCAAGGCACACCUCAGGAGUGCGGCAGCGGCAGCUGCCAGCUGGCGCUGUCUACAAGGGUGGGGGAGUGCCUACGCUGCUGCUGCUGCACAGGACGCAAAAACGCUGAAGAAGAGAUCUGCAGCAGAGUCAGUAGUAGCAAAGUCAGCAGCAGCUGCUGCUGCUCCCAAGACACUACCAGCAGGAGCAGAGCACCUUGAGCCAAGCGUCUGUUUAGAGAGGCUUUUUCAGUGCUUUCUGUGGCAGUACACUACGGCGCUCGACGGAACCCCCCUGUGGCGUUGGGUGCUGCUGCAUCUGCUAGCUGCCUGUUGCUGCUCUCUGACCAACCUUGUUGCAGAGGACUGCGGCGCUAAGACAGCCUGUACCAGCAGCAACGGCAGGAAGAGUCUCCCGGCGGAUUCUUUCUUGGAGAGCAGCAGCGACUGGAGCAUCCUUCGGGGAGCUGUGAGACGGCACGCCAUGCAGCGAUUCCGGCGUUGCUGCGGAGUGCAGUUGCUCUGCGGCGCUGUCAGUUGUGAGGUUUCUUUCUUGAGCAGCAGCUUCCUGGCCUCCCUACGCAUGCUCGAUGGAAGCUUGCCGCUGAUGACGGCAGCUACCCGCUUCUUCCUGUGGAGUGCAGCCAGCAAACGCGAGCUGAGGGAGCGCCUUCAGUCUCUUCUGUACCUCCGGGAAGAGGCGGCGCUUCAUUCGCAGGGGCAUGCGCAGUAUCUUGCUGCCGUAUGCAGCGCCGUACGUGACGUCUCGGAAGAGUUUUUCUUGCUGCCUCCAGCAGCAGCAAGAGCCGUAGCAGCGUUUGAUGUGCAUGCCACGCCGACGCAUGGCCAGUCUCUUCUGUAUGCUGCUGCACGACUUUCUCGAGUCGCCUGUGCGAACCUCCCGAACAGGCCGUUGGCGCAGCUGCUUCAGCAGCUCGUGAGCCUUCUGCGUCACGCAUGCAUGGCUGUGUUGCUGCCGCAGCGGUUGCUCAUGCUGAGUGAGUCUGGGGAAAGCAGUCUGCGGCCAUUAUUCCGCAAUACGCAGUGCUCAACUUGCGUGGCAGAGGGGGGAAGCUCGCUCUCCUGUCUGCUGACAGCCGUUUGUGCUGCGGAAGCUCAGGAGCAGCGACUCUUCCCACCACAGCCAACUGGGGGGAUGGCUGUGCAGGCUUUGCAGAGCAUCUUUGAUGGCUUGCAGCAGCUAGCCACGCAGGAGGUUACGGCCAUCUCUGACAGGCUGCACGUGGUGCUCUCCUCGGAAGCAGCUCCUGCAGACGUGGAGAUGGCGGCUGGGCACGCGGAGAAGUGCAAGCAACUUGCGCGGAGCUUCAAGUGUUGGAUGGCCUCUGUGGAGCUGUGGUGCAAGCCGCUGUGCCUGCACUGCAGCGGCGGGACGGAAGAGGAGGAAAUGCAGGAGCGCAGCAGCACGCGCAAAGGCAGCCAUCUCCGCAAGCGGCAGCGCGAGGCGUCUCGCAGCGAGUUGCAGCGAAUGCUGCGGGGGGUGGGGCAGCCUUUGGCUUUGUGGACAGAGGCCUUAAAAAGAAGUCUUCAGGCAUUUCUUGUAGCCAAUCAAAAGACGGCUGCGGCUAUCAAAGAGCAGCAGCAGGGAUUGGAAGACGUUGCUCUGGCGGCUCAAACGGGAGCAACUGCAGAGUUCGUUUCCGCUGAGCUGCUCGCUCCUCUGCACUUCCUGAAUUCGACGCUCCUGGAUGCUGCAGUCGAGGGUGUCUGCGUGCCAAGAGGCUUCUACACGGGAGCAGCAGCAGCAGCGAAGACGCCAUUUUCAGGCAGCUUAGUUCAGGGGGAGAGUGAAGGAACAGCCGUGAAAGGCUCCCAAGCGCAGAAAAAAUCUCUCCUGUGUCGACGUUUCGCAUGUUCGGCGCCGUCUCUAGGACGUGCCUUCGACCUUUUAUUGCUUGCGGAGACUCCCUCUCGACUCGAUGUGACGGCCACGUUUCUUGAGGAGAAACAGCAGUGGCAGGAUGCUCGGCGCAAGAGCCAGCUGCCGCACCCCCAAGCCCUACUGCCGCAUGCAUCCUCCCUGCAUGCGUUGCUGCUGAGCAGCAGUCUUCUGCGCGGUUCAGGACGAGAAGAAGCCGCCACGAAGUUGGAGAUCCGCAUCUUGGAGACGGUGCUUGCACACAGCCUCCAGGGAAGGUCUGACGCUGCUGUUUUUCCCGCUUCUCAGCGCAGUAGGCGAAAGACAGCCGCAGCUAUACGAGCGGCAGUUGCGGCAGAAGGCCUCUCGCAGAGUCGACAUCAACACUGGAUCACUCUGAGCAGCACUGCAGUCAUGUCUGUAAGCCUUGUGCAAGCGCAGCUUGCAGUCCGUGCCGCCAUUGAUCUGGGCACAGUCCACGCCGCUGAACUCUUGAUGCAGCAUUUCAAGAUGCAGCUGCAUGACGAGGAUUUUGGCGAAAGCGCAUCCUGCUGCGCCAGGGGUGGCUGUUCGAGGGAGAUUCCUGUGCCUCCAGCUCUGCUGGAGGCGGCAGCAGUCUUGAUGACAAGCACUUGGCAGCAGCAGCAGCAGCAGCAGAAGCAGCGGACGGGGAGGGCAGCCUCAGGAGAGCUGCAUGCUUGCCACAGCGUUCAAGGGACGCUUGCAAUUGCUGCAAGCACGGCUGUCGAGGUUCUCUGCUCCAUGUGGCGAACGGAGUUGGAUUUGCAAUGCAAUGACGCACUCGGCGUGCAGAGUAUUCUGCAGCUGCAGCAGAAUCUGCAGGAUGGGGAGGAGGCAACUGUCGCCUCAGCAGCAUCAGUAGGAGCGACUGCCUCUAGGGGGUACUCCGAGGGGGCGUUGCUCACGUCGAGAAUUUUGGCGAUUCUCGCGGAGAUAGCGGGGGGGUUGCGGGGGGCCUCUUAUAAGAGGCCCCUUUAUCCCGAAAAUACCUCGAAGCGUGGUGCUGCCCUUUCCUGCCCCCCCUCUUUGAAGCAGCGCAAGACACUGCGCUCGAAAAGCAGCCUCUGUGCGUAUGUCUCGCGGAUAGUCGCAGACGUGCAGCAGCAUGCCACUGUCGCCUCCGCCUCUGCAUGCUGCCUAGCGCUGCAGCGGCUUAGAAGGCAGCUGCGACGUCACGACGAUGCGGAUGCUCGGAGGCUGUCUGAGCUGCUGCUGCUGCCGAAGGGGGCUCACGCGGAAGCAGCGGCGACGCCUCCUCUGAUCGGCAGCAAUCAGAGCAAAAAAGACGCAGCGGGAGCCUCCAUCCGCAGCGACGCAUCUUAUCGGGAGACUCCAGGACGCCCUCCAAGAAAGGAGACAGCCGAGUGGGCAGCAGUAAUAGGCUUCGCAGUCGUUCUUUGGUCGUUCUGUCUGCCGUCAGUGGGAGAGGACGAGCCUACGGCGUCUGCAGCAGUGGCUCAACGGGAGGGUUCAAAGGGGACGCAGAAGACUCAAGAAGAAGCAGCUGAGGAGGGGAGGAGGCGGGGAGGCUCUUUGGCCGUCUUGCAGGCUCUAAGGGCUUGCUGGAAAAGCCUUGGAGAUCUGUUGCAGGGGGGAAGCACAGGCGCAGCUCCCCCCUCCGCAGCAGGAGCUAAAGCAGAGGCAGCGGCAGCGGCAGCGCUGCUGCGCGCCGCUAUGCAGUCCUCGCAGGAAGAGCUAGCUGCAGGAGCAUCAGGAGGUGUUGCUGCUACUGCUCGGCGAGAGGACGAAUGUGCAGAGCCAGAAGCCGCCUAUGCAUGCGAUACAUGCCACGGUGCUGCUGUGGCAGCGCUCCGUCUGCUGCUGCAGCUCGUCGAGGACUGCAGCAAGGCGGCAGAUCCGCUCGCCUUGCUGCAAGGGGACGGGGGGGCAUACUGGAGGGGACUGCUGCUGCUGCUACUUGGUCGGUGGGGUGUUAUUGCUGCAGCAAGAGCUGUGGAAGAAGAACUGAGACAGCAGCGAACGACGGCCGCUUGGCGUGGGAUCUUGGAGGCGGAAGCCGCGUCGCACGAAGCGGACCAAAGGACCCUCCUGUUGCGCGCAGCGGCUGUGGACGGCUGCGACGGCGUGCAGGGGAUGAGGGGAGCUAUUGCGCCUCCAAUUUCGGCUUCGACAGUUCUUGCUGUCGAGGCGGAGAGCCACGCAGCAGUGCUGCGGCAGAUUCUCCUGCAGUCGGAGGAGGCUCUUACAGGGUUGCAGGAUGUCGCAUGCGUCUCCUUGCCCUUGCGUGCUGCACGUAUCCCCCCAGCUCUCUCUAUGAGGCUAACGCGUCCGUGGAUGUCUUCUUCUGAAGGGACUGCAUGCGCAGCAGCAAAGAAGGGACAGAAAACUCCAGCAGAAAAUCCAGAAGAGGGCAGCGUCGAAGCAGCUUCCCAGCUGCAGGUGCUACGGUGUCUGCAGCAAAAGUCUAUGGUAGGGGUCUCUCCAGAGAAGGCUCUUUCUGCCUGGCUGGAGGAGAUAGUGGCGUUCGUUUCCAGCACUCUAGAGGCGAAGAGUCUCUCUUCCCAGCUGCCUGAACUCGCGCCUCUGCUUCUGGAGGAGGACGCAGAGCAGCAUGCGAGGCGCGAAGCCACUGCCGCCUCCUCACCAUCCACGCUGCGCACAGCAGCGGAGGCUGCGGGAGCUUGCAGCAGUCGUCUUGAAGCCACGUAUCCGCUUCUCGUUUCACCAGCCUUUUCCACAGCCACUGCAGGGCUCUUGGCUGUUGCCAAGGGUUUCCUCGAAGUCGCAAGUGCCGAGGAGGCUUGCUCUUCCAAGUCUCUGCGCCUUGCACUACCUCCUCGAGGACGCCCGCAUACACCGCAAGAGCAGCAGCAGCAGCAGCAGCAGGGUUCACAAACACCUGCACCAAGCGCUAUAGAGCGUCUGCUAAACGCGACGGCUGCGUUUCCAUCGCUGCCCUUUGCGGCGCCUCUUCCGUACGAAACGGUAGAGGAAGGCAUGAGUGCACUGCGACCUCUCGUGAGGAUACAGUGGCUGCUUCUGUGGAUACGCGCAGAAGCAGCAGGUCUUGCAGCAAAAGUAGCGGCUGAGGCGGAGUACAGACACCCCGCGACGGCGGAUGCAGUUGUUGUCUCAGGCUUUCCCAGAAAUUCCGUCUUUGCUGCUGCCCGGCUAGCUGUGGCGUCUCUGCUCGAUAGGCUGUCGCAGCAGCACUUGGAAUGGCGAAGACAGCAAGCGAUCGCCGCUGACGAGACAGCCACGCUGCUGGAGCGCUUGGAGGGGCUUGUUGUAGACCGCGCAGGUGCAGGAAAAGCAUCCCACGCCGACGCUGAUGCUGCUCGAGAGCUUUUUCCGUGCAGUGAAGAGUGGAGUCUUGCAGAGCAGUCUCAGCAGCAGCAGGAUCUGCUGCAGCAGGAGGACGCCGCUGAUGCUGCCGACACAGACACGACGCAGUACUCCGCAUGGUGUCACCAGGGUGAUGCUGCCGCUUGCGAAAACGCUGCGGAGUCUCAUGAUAAGCAGCAGAAUGCUUUGAUAAACCAGAUGGAGGGAUUCUCGGAAGCAGAUUUAUUGCAUAUCUGGAGCUAUGCAGUGGAUGUCGCCUUCGCCUGGAGCAGUUGCGGCACGGGCAGCAGCAGCAGCAACCCCAGCAGCACAAAGCAUAGCGACGGAGAGAUAAUAAGGGCAGUAGGGGCAUAUCGCGAGGCUCUAGCGGGAUCCUUCUGCAUUUCGCUUAAGCUCCACAACGCCAUGCGAGGAAGCCUACUACCUGUCGAGGAGACAGCUGGCGAGGCGCCUGCGGAAGCUCCUGGCGAGGCAGUAGCGGUUGCACCUGCGUUGGACAGUUUAUUAGUCCCCCAUUUGCAUGCAAUUCUGAUGCAAACCACGGCACGCCUCGUCGAUGCUUCCCCGCUACAGCAGCAACGACAAGAGCAGCAGCUCAAGCACCUGCUCCUGCAGGAGGAGGAGGAAGAAGAGGCGGCAGCAGCCGAUGCAGACAAAAGUGGGCAGCAGCAGUCGGGAGACUCGGAGACAGCCAAAUUCUCGUCGGCAGAUUCUGACCUGGUAGAGAAGCAGCUGCAGCAAGAACGCCUUCAACAGCAACGAGAACGUGCCCGCAAGCUGCGAUUCGCUCAACUCUGCCGCAGCGUCUCCCUUCCAGGCACGAAGGGUAGCCGUCAGCCAUCGUCUGCAGCAACGUCUUUCUAUGCUCCUGGGAACGCCGCACUUCUGCAGCCUUUAUGUGCCCCCGUUCAGGAGCUCCAGGAGGCUGCAGUGGCUUUUGCGGAGGUGGUCGAGAGUCACCCGACACUGCAAGGCUUGCUGUUGAUGUCGCAGCGUGUUGCAUCCCUUAGCCUUUUGGAGACGUCUCCCGCAAACGCACUCGCGGCUCUUGAGGGCUUGUUGGACAGAGCAGCCGCGUGGCAAAAGGCGAUGGAUCGACACCAUUUGACUCGUCUAAUCGAGCUUCACUGCGAACGGCUUCCUGCGUCUGCAGGAGUGGCUGGUGUGCCUGUUUGCGGGCAGCAGCGCAACGGCGAAGAGCGCGACAGGGGGGACGAGAAGGAGGCUGAAAAGCAGCCUUCUGCUGCGGCUCGUACGGAGGCAUGGCGGCAGCAGACGCAGGCAGAGACGGCAGCUGCUGCUCAGCGCCUCCUUAGACGCUUCGAUGCAGCCGUAACGGCCGUGGAGAGACAAGUGUUGCUGCUCCGUAGACGGCAGCUCCUGGAGUGGCGGUUCCUUCGCGAAUUCAGAGAGCAGCGCAUGCAGCAGCAGAGCCUCCACUUUGCUCCGUUUUUGUGGGGCUUGCUGCCAGAUGAUGGCGAUAGCGCACAGAAUCCAGAGAGAGCAGCGGCGAUGGCUGCUGCAGUGGCCGCUACAGUAGGCGAAGCCUUCGCGGUCGGAGACGUUUCUCAAGGCACUGCUGGCGCAGUUUUAUUGCAGCUCAUUGGAUGCGCACCAACGGCGAUCACCGACGUCUUGUUGCAGUUCCUUAGAACUUCACCCCUUGGACAGUUUGAAGGCAGGCUGCAGUGCAUGGAGGCUGCCAGUCACUGCAGACGGCUUCUGCUGCACUCGGGGGGGGGGGUUCGGGAGUGCCAGGGUGGGAAGGCAGACAAAAGCCCUUCUUCCGUCAAUGCUGAAGGUGCAGCAAAGGUCUGCACGGCAAUGGCGACUGUCGCACGCUUCGCCGUUGCAGCCGGAUGGAGCCGUGCAGUGCAACAGCAGCUGCAUGCAGCUCGGAAAGUGAUGGAUCGCGAAGUCAGUAAUCUGGCGUCUCUGACGCGAUGGAAUCUUUCAAGUCGAAUGGCCAUGAAGGAAUCGGUGCAUAAGACGCAUGUGCAGCUGGCGAAACACAUUCGAAACUUCGACGCAUGCCUGCAGCAAACAAUGCAGGCAGCCGUCGGAUCCUCUGAGGGGCAGCUGCAUCAGCAGCUCGUAGAGGCAGCUCUCUCCCUGUCGUUAGAGUCGCCUUUGGCGCAUGCACGGCUCGCAGCAGAGGCGCAGGGAAGCCUUGAACCUUGCGAGGGGAAGUCUUCUGAAGCCAGCGAAGCUGGAGACGACGGAGCAGGAGCUUCAGCAGCACUGAAGGCUGUUGGCGAGUUUUUGAAGGGGUCUCUUGAGGUUGGGGGAAUAAGCGAGGUGGAUGCCACAUCCCUUGCCGACUUGCAUGCAUUUAGCAGCGCGUCAAGAGCGAGUGCCUCUGAGGUCGCGUUGGAGGUACAAGCCUUCUGUCAAGACUUUUCUGCUACGGUAAAGGAAGCAGCAGCCGCUGCUGCUCGCAACGCAGAAGACCAGCAGCAGCGCGAGAAGGAAGAGGGAGUGGAGGCGUCUCGGAGGUCGAAAGCAAGAAAGCCAGUCACGAGGCAGCAGAUGCAAAGGCGCUUCAAGGAUCUGCGAUCCGUGCUCCGCAACGAGCUCAAGUUGCCAUGUCUUUCCAUGUGCGGCAGUUCCCCUGGACUGUUCGCUGCGGCUCUGAACGAUGCAAGCGGCUUGCCAGGUUUCUCAGAGGUUGGUGUACAUCCGCUGCAGCACGUGGCGACUCUGCAGCUGCAUGACACGGCGAGGAGAGCGACGGCUUCGCGCGUGCGUCGGAAGAAAGCGGGGAAGGUGAACGGAAGCGAGGUUUCGAGCAAUCCGAUCGCAGAGGUAUUGGGAAGCGUCUGGAUAUCGGCGGCGCAGCAGUGGUAUCUUUUACUGCAAUCCCUGUUGCAGUGUCAGCAGUUUCCUUGCCCACACAAGGACGUUGCAGCAGACAGAGAGACUCUCCUUGGAUACGCCGCUGCGCUUGUUUUGCACAUUUUGCAGCAGCGCAACCGUUGCUGGCAGGCUGCGGCGGCUUUCCAGGAUCUUGUGGAUGCAGCAAGGGUGUCUUUGGUGUCUCCCUCGGCAGCAGUCCAUGUCAGUGCCGCUUCAGAUUUGGUGGCUGCUGCAGAAGCGCUUCACGAGGUUCUUCUACAGGCUCGUGCGUUGCUGCCGUCUCCUCAUGAAGCGGCCGUGCAAAAUGAGGCGCUUGCAGCAGCUGUGGCUCCCUGCGCGAAGGCUGAGACUCUGGAAUUCGGCACAGGGAGCAGCGUAGAGACGCUGGCAGAUGCAGGGACUGCUUCUCUACCCUCCUGCUCCUCCACGAGCGCAGGCACACCCGACGAGACUGCGCUGCUGCAGCAAAAUAUCCGCCAGAUUCGAUCGGCGCAUAGCACCCUUAGCAGUGCACUUCGGGCUCUGGCAAAACUUGAGCAGCUAUUACAUGCAACUUCAGAGGCGAGGCGUCUCUGUGCAGCGCGAACGCGCGGUGCAGAACAAGGCAGUGCCACCACGCCAACUGUCCGUGUGCGUCUGCAGUGGCUUGAUGAGGCAGCGACUGCAUGCUCGGAGACGGUUGCGCUUCUCUGCCUCGAGGGGGGGGGGGGAAGUAUAGGGAGAGAGGAGAGGGAGGGGCUGUUUGGUCUGCUGCCGUCGUGUGCGGCUGCGGGGAUUCGCAGCGCGUGUGCUGCACUGCGAGCGUCUUGCGACGUUCUGCUGGCUGCAGCGGCAGAUGCUGCAAAAGCAACGGCGAUGAGCUGUCAUCAGAUCGAAUCGGCAGCAGUGGACAGGCUGCGUCGAAGCGCGCUCGCUGCAUUGGCAGUGGAAAGCGAUAGCGGCAUGCAGAGGCAUUCGCGAAUCGACGACUUGCUGCAGCUCUCCCCAACGCUGGAGGAGGAGGACAAGGCGCAACAGCAGCCAGGGUACGCUGCUCUGCCCGUGCCUGAUUUGGAAUCUCUGUUUUCUUUCAAGACUUGCAUUGCUGCGCUGAACGACUUCGUCGAGGCUGCGCCGUCGUGCAUGCAGUUCCCGCUUCUGCUGCAGGAGAGCGAUGCUUCAGAGAUUCGCAAGAGCGAAGCUGCGAUGGCAGUUCUUCGGAUGUUGCAGCGCUCAGCGGGUGUUGUCUUGGCAGUGUUUGACGGACUAGAGGGGACCGUGCGGCUUGGUCUGAGUCUCCUGCAGCUGAUUGAGGUGUUGCUGCAAUUCGGGUGGGGUUGCCUGAGCAACGAAGAAGAGGAAAACGCAGCGAUGGAUGCAGGAAGAUCCGAGAAGCAAAAGGAGGAGUGGGUGGCAGGGACUGGCUUGGGGGAGGGCGAGGGUGCGCGUGACGCCUCUGAGCAGAUCGAGGAAGAAUGGCAAUUCGAUGGUCUAAAGGACGAGAAGAGCGACCCCCAGCAGAAGCUCCCAGAGAAGCCGAAGUCUCAGGAGGAGGACAAGGCUAUGGAGGUGAGCAUGCACUUUGAGGGAGAUGCGGAGGCUCCCCCCCCGCCGCCUGCGCAGCAAGAGGAUCAGCAACGGCAGAGCGGGGAAGAGGCUCAACAGCUGGAAGACGUGGCGGGGAAUGUGGAUUUGAAGGAAGGAGGCCAGAUCGAGAGCAAGCGCUGGGCAGGAGAGGAUGGAGAUCGCGACGAAGACGACACCUCCACAGGAAAAGAGGCCACGAAGAAGCAAGAGGAGGAUAUACAGACGGAGGGAGGCUUAAGGGACGGCAACAUUGAACUAGAGGGCACUAAGGACGAAGCUGCAGGAGAGCCAGCGGGUGGGAGCAAGGAUUCGCAGCGUCUGGAGGGCGAUCCGCAGGCUUCUGAUGGAGGCAAAGAGGAGGACGACGGUGGGAACGUCGAGGUAUGUGGAGGCUGUGGUGCAUUAGCCGGCGAGAACGUCGUGGACGCCGAUGGGGGGGAGGAAGCUGAGGAGGAGGCUCCAGACGGAGACACGUCGGCUGAAGCUCAAGAGGCAGACGAUGGAGGGGGGGGGACAGAUGUCACAGGGGAUGCGCAGCAGCAGAAAGGCCACUUAGAGGGGGACGGUGCCGCCUCGGGGAGCUCGAGUGACGACUUCCAAGUGGAGGAAGAAUUGCCUCUGGACGGGGAAGCUGGGGAGGAGGAGAGUGACGGGUUAGAAGAAGCUGCAGACGCGGAAGGGAAGGCUGGUGAGGGCGACGCGACUCCUACUGCAGAACAGGGAUGCGCUGCAGCAGGAGAAGAUGCUGCAGUCGACGAGGCUGAACACGCUGAGCAGCUGGAAGGCGACAUGGAGGAAGACGAGCAACAAAGGCCUCCUGCAGAAGAAGCAGAAGACGCCGCUUUUCAAUCGGCAGAGAGCGCUGUGGCGGAGGCUUCUGCUGAGCCUGCUCAAAAGGAGGAGUCGGAGGCACUCGAACAGGACGAAGGCGAAGCCAACGAUAGUGAGGAGGCCCUUCAAGCCGCAUCUAUCCAAGGCUUCGCAGCGCCAGUCGAUGCUGACGAGGAGACUCAUGAGGCCAAGAAACAGCAGCAGCAGCAGCAGCAGCGGCAGCGGCAGCAGCGCAUGGCCUUUGGUAUUGAAGGUGAAGGCAGCCUCGUACAGCGAGACGCAAUGGAAGGAGAUGCUGACAAGGAUGCCAACAGCGGCGAAGCCUUCGCGGAGGAAGGGGAGCAGCAUGGAGCCAACACAGCUGCCGCCACAACUCGUGAAAAGGGGAGAUCUUUAUCCCGCAGCGCCCUUGGUAAACGUCAGGAAAGUGCCAGCUCUCCGAGCGGUGAUCAAGGGCCCUCGCCGAGCCUCCUCCCUGAUAAUCCUCUUGGUGACGACGACGAUGGCGCCGUAGAACGGUGGCUGCAGCGCGUUCGUCUGCUGCAGCCUCAAGACGCGGAGGCAGAGGAAGCAGACGCCUUGUCUUGUCAUCCAGAGGCGGAGGGAGCAGCACCUCCAGAUCUCACGAACGGUGAAGAGUCAGAGGACGCUCACGCCCUACAGAGCGGCCAGCUCUGUCAGCGCGAUGACGCUGGUGGAAAUCAAGAGGCCUUUGCGGAAGCUUCGGAUGAUGCUGCCCCCCUAAAGCCCAAUAAAAUGGCAAAACUGGCAGACGCAGAAGCAAGAGAGGAGCAUGACAAUGCGGAAGACGCACAAGGCAACGCCAACAAGGAUGCUGAAAGUGUGUCGUCUGUAUCUCUCUCCCUCAGUCUGUUGCGGGAGGCGGCUCGUCACGCUUGCUCGCCUGAAGAGGUUAUUCUUUCCACGUCUACCCGCGUCGAUGAGCUCAAGGCUUCUUCCGAGAAGCAGCCGCCAAAGGAGCCGCUCGCACAAUCAGCGGAGCAUGAGGGCCCGAUGGACGCCGAUUCUUCACAAGCAGUAAACCUCGAUUCUCCUUCCGACGAUGCAUGCGAGCAGCUGUACGACGACCUUAGUGCGGAGCCGGGUGCAGAAGGAGAACCGACAGAACGAGACACUGAUGAAGUCGAAGAAGAACGGAUGGCUGCCAUGGAGGCUGACUAUCAAGAACGCGUUUCUCUGGAUGACGUAGGCAAAGAGGGGCUUUCUCCAGAGCAUGCGGCAGCUCUUUGGCAUUUGCUUGAAGGGCGCACUGCAGCCUCUGCCGCGGCUCUCAGCGAAUCCUUGCGUUUAGUUCUGCAACCAACUGCAAACGGUGCCUGGGAAGGCGGCUACCGAACUGGAAAAAAGCUAAGUCUCCGUCGAGUACUCGCAUUCGUGGCUUCUUCCCAAAGAGAUGAUCGGCUGUGGCUGCGCCGACGGCGACCACGCGGCUUCCAGUAUCGCGUGCUUGUAGGCAUCGACUGCAGUAGGUCGAUGCAGCAGCUCAAUGCAGCGGCGAGCGCAUUGGAGGCAGUGGUUCUUCUGUCUUCCGCCUUCAAUCACCUACAGAUCGGCACAGUGAGCGUCUGCACGUUUGGGGGCCCCAAGCCUGAAGUCUGCAUACACCCGACGUCUCAGGUCUCAGCAGGGGAUGGGCAGCGCUUGCUGCAGCGCUGCAGCUUCCGAGAGGAGUCUCACAAAAGCCACGAAGUGGCCAUCUCCGACUUGCUGCAGCUCGCUAUCCACGAGCUUGAGCAGGACGGCAGCCUCGGCGGCAACGGCAACAACAGCAGCAUGAUUCUGAUUCUGUCAGACGGCCGUUUCAACAAGGAACAAACGCGACCCUGGGUAAAUGCAGCAAUUGCCCGUGGGUGUAUUCCUCUUCUUCUCAUCCUGGACCCUCAGCAGCGGGAGGAACGCAUGGACGGUGCCAGCGAUCAAGGCGCGCAUGUGGGUGAGUCUCAGCAGACGGCUGCAGCUCCGCAGAGGCCGCCCUCUCCCCAUAGCAGUAGCAUUUUCGAUCUCAAACAAGUGCAGCAGCAGCCUGGAGGUGCUAUCGAAGUCACGCCGUACCUGCAAGACUUUCCCUUUCCGUAUUAUGCCGUGGUUACAGAGACGCAGCAGCUCCCUACUGUCUUGGCAAAUGUGAUUCGGCAGUGGGUAGAAGCGACGGCCAGUGAUUGGUAG